AUGGGCGUAAAAGAUGCCGAGUCCCUGCCGUCCUAUAUCUGGUUCGCAUUCAUAUAUAACGGGCUCGAAAGCCGUCCCUGUGUCGAUUCGAGUGCAAUUCGCUUCAUAUGGUCCGGCGGUGUUCAGCUGGAUUCCAAAAUGCUCAACCCAGCAGAAUACGACUUCUCCAAUCGGACUGAGGCCGCUCAGUUCUUGGAUCAGUUGCUCAAGGGCAGGGUCUUUCAUGAGCAAUUUGUUCCUCGUUUGCACGGCUUCUGGUAUGCUGUGAUCAUCGUCGUAUGCAUUGCUGGGAUAUGGCAGCUUCUUUGGCGUUUCCAUCUAAGGUCUAGGCGACUUCAAGCAGGGCGAGCAUUGUCGCCAUCCUCACAAAUUGUGUCUCGAGUCUACAAACUGGCCCUGAGCGCCACGCGAAAGGUUGUAUACCCGCAGUGGUCACCCGUGUCGACUACUUCAUGGUUCAUCGUACCCCCCCUUGGGACCACCGGGUUCAUCCUCAGUUACUUCCUGUUCUUGCUCCUCCUUCUCUUCGUGGACAUUCAAGUGACCGGGCCAACCUGGUAUACCAAUGCUAGUGUUCGCGCCGCAUUUUUGGCGACAAUUCAGAUUCCCCUGCUGCUCUCCCUGGUGGGCAAAAACAACAUCGUUAGCCUCAUGACUGGAAUAUCAUACGAGAGGUUGAAUAUAUACCAUCGGUGGGUUGCUCGAGGAUGUUUUCUCAUGGCGACCUUGCACUUUGCCCUUCUGGGAGGCGUAUGGAGUCAAUUUUCCGGCCUGACGGCUCUGGCGUGGGAUACGAACAAGCUCUUCAGGUCCGGGAUCGUGCCCUACGUGUUUCUUGCUUGGAUGAAUAUCUCCAGCGUACUACCCCUCCGUGACUGGUGCUACGAAUUCUUCCUCUUUCAACAUGUUCUCACAUUCUUUGGCUUUAUCAUCACCGUCGCCAUUCAUAUCCCCAAAGGUCCUCAGGAUGCUUUCCAUUACAUCUAUGUGGGCAUCGCCCUAUACCUGGGCGAGCGGCUGAUCUCGGGCAUCCGAUUCGCCUAUCACAACAGCCGGCUAAGCCACGCCACUCUGGAGCCUCUUCCGGGUUCUACAACUCGCAUCCGUGUCUCCAAUUGCCGCAUCAAGUCCUGGACUCCCGGAGCUCACGCACUCAUCUCCCUUCCGACUUUGAAAAUUGGCCAGUCCCACCCGGCCACUAUUCUCUCCACACCGACCUCUCACAAUGGCGACAUCGUGUUCCUUCUUCGCGCCUACCGCGGCUUUACUAUGCACCUCCACGAGGCGGCAAAAGCCGCACCCCGCACCAUCCAUGCGGAAGAGCCUGAAAAGCAACUUUCGGCACAGCUAGUCUCCUAUCGGGCCUUGAUCAACGGUCCGUAUGCGGCUUCGCAUGCGGAUUUCGGCAGCUUUGACACUGUCUAUCUUGUCGCCGGUGCCGCCGGUGUCACCUUCACCUUGUCGAUUCUUCUGGAUCUCGCGCACCGGGCGGCGUCGGCCCAGGAGCGUGAGCGUCUUCCCCUGCGCCGGAUUGAAUUCGUCUGGAUGGUCCGGAAGGAGACUUGGCUCAGCUGGAUCUCCGAUGAGCUCUCCUCCGCUGCGCGAUGCUUUGCCAGCGCGGGAAUCACCUUCGCCGCUCAUAUCUAUGUUACAUCGGAGGUCUCCUUCGCUUCCUCCUCUACAGUGGACGUGCCGGUAGAUGAUGAAAAUCGCGGCGAGGCAGACGAUGGGGAGAGCUCGACAAGCCCUGAGAUGGUUAAGCCGAAGGUGUCUCCGUCCUGGACGCUUCAUCCCGGUCGACCAGACUGGCGCACGAUCUUGCCCGCGGGAUUAGCAGAGGGUGCAGGAGAAAGUGCGGUGGGUGUCUGUGGUCCGCUGAAUUUGUCCAUGGCGAUCCGCAAUCAAGUGGCGUCAAUGGGUGGGCAGAUCUAUCUGCAUGUGGAGAGCUUUUCAUGA